AUGCCUGCUGAAUCUGGUUCUUCGACACCAUCUAAAAAGCGCUCCAAGUGGGAGGAUGAGGACGAGGAGGAUCCACCGUCCUACGUACCUCAACCCAAACGUCGCGCGAAGCCCAAAUCCAUCAAACCAGUGGAUGUACCUCGAAUAGCUGACUCUCCGGCUCCUCCACAACUUCCUCCCGUGGCCCAGAAGUUGUCUCAUAGCAUUUAUGUUCCUCCCAGAACGCUCCAUCCCCAUAUACAGCCCUCCCGAUCCGUGUACUCGUACGAACGGCUCAAUCAGAUCGAGGAGGGCUCCUACGGCGUCGUCUUCCGUGCGCGCGACAAGCAGACAGGCGAUAUCGUCGCUCUCAAGAAGCUAAAGCUCGAUGAAGAGAAGAACGGGUUCCCAAUAACCGCGCUGCGCGAGAUAUAUGCCCUGAUGUCGUGUCGGCACGAGAACGUUGUAGGCAUCCGGGAGGUCGUAGUGGGGGACACCCUGACGCAGUGCUCGCUGCUUACUGUGAUGCCCGCACCGUUCCUCCAAUCUGAGAUCAAGACGCUCAUGCUUCAACUACUCUCUGCUGUGAACCACUGUCAUCAGAAUUGGAUUCUGCAUCGAGAUUUGAAGACGAGCAAUUUGCUCAUGAACAACCGUGGAACGAUUAAAGUCGCAGACUUUGGUCUAGCCCGCCGGUUUGGUGAUCCUGUGGGUGUUGGAGGGAUGACACAGUUGAUUGUGACUCUUUGGUAUCGCGCACCUGAAAUCUUACUCGGUGCAACAACAUAUUCUACUGCUAUUGACAUGUGGUCUGUUGGAUGCAUUUUCGCCGAACUCCUCUUGAAGGAACCUCUUUUCCAAGCCCACGGCGAACUUGAGCUCCUCUCAAUGAUAUUUAAACUCUUAGGUCCACCUACAAACCACAGUUGGCCAAGUUAUUCAUCGUUGCCUCUGGCUAAAACUAUUUCUCUUCCUUCACCUCAGCCACAUCAGUUCCGCCAAAAGUUCUCAUAUCUCUCGUCUGCGGGCCUCGAUCUCUUGAUGGCUUUAUUGACAUAUGAUCCUGAGAGGAGGAUCACAGCUGAAGAUGCUCUUGACCAUCCGUAUUUCUCGUCGGGCCCUCUUUUCUUCCUACCAGGACUUAGCUAA